UCAUCUAAAUAGCAAAAACAGAAGUCUAAGCCAGCAAGAAUAAUAUUCAUAAGACGUUGAAAAGUCUGAGCAGCAUUACAUAGUCCGAAAGGCAUGACAAGAAAUUCAAAAAGACCGAAAGGAGUGGUUACAGCCGUCUUAGGGACCAUGUGCAGUGGAGAAGACCAACAGCUACUAGAAGGCCUACAAAUACCUUGCUCAAUCAUAAGGUUAAAUUCUUCACGAGCAAAUUUAAGCUUCUCAGGAGAAAGUCUUCGUGGAGUAACAGAAAUAGGAGGUCCUCUUGUAACAAUAUGAUGUUCAACUUGAUGUAACUUGUUGGAAGUCAAAGGUGCAAAAUGCGUUAAUUCAGGAAAUCUUGCAAGGAUUUUAUGGUAAGGUAUUAAUCCUGGAUCCAUUAGCAGCAAACAGUUUAAAAGAUGAAGAAGAUUGAGAAAACUGAGCUAAUCUUUUAGGAAUCAAUGAAAUGUCAGCUCCGGUAUCGACAAGAAAAUUGAGUAAUGAAGUUUUAUCAGUAACAAUGAGGCGACUACAAGGUAAACCGUCACAAUCUGCCUCAUGACUCAACGGCAAAAUCAGUUUUCCGGAUUUGCAGUAAAAGCUUUAGACAUAGCACAAGAUCUCGAUCUGCUUCUAUAGCGUUUAACUUCUAAAGCGGAAAUUCUACGCUCCAAAUCAGCUAAACUAGAGGAACCAGAUUCAGGUGUAGAAGUUACAGCGGCAAUUUGUAAGCCCGAAUCUCUCUCCAAAAUUUUAUCAGCUAAUUCAGCAAGCUUGAUUAAAGGAGCUUCAUCAACAACAGCUAAAGUAGCUUGAACUCUAAGAGAAUCAGAAAAUCGAUUUAUAAGUACAUUUUUUAAAUAAAGAUAUUUAUCUCGCUCUGGAGGAUUUUCAACGAUCUCAGCAACAGCUACUAAAGCUUGUUCAUCAAGAAGCAGAUGUUCUUGAGGUUGUUCAGUCGAUGUCCCAGGAGAAGACACAGGAGAACGUUCAACAGGCAUCUCGAAGAAAGAUUUCAAAUUUCGUGCACGACAAUCGUCAGGAGAGCCAAAACGUAAACACGAUUCUUUGACAGGCUUGUCUUUUCUAUCACGUCGGGGUCACCAGUUAUGGGAAUGAUUUCCCUAAUUUAUCUUAUACUUAUGAAAUAAAUAGACUUUGUAAAGUUAUACGUGUUUACUAAUAUCAAGCUUACAAAAGAAUAAAUAAUUUCUUUUUUUAAUAAACAACAUUCCUUUUUUUAGUAUCUAAGAAACAUAAAUUGCUUGAAAUUAGUUUGAUAACAAAUAAAUAAAGAAACUAGAAAAUAACUAAAAAUGGGGAAUAAAUCGCAAGGGCUGCCACAUAGGUUCUGUUUAUUCUCCAUACAUCGUAUCGUAUGUGGACUAUGUGGAGCACACGUGGAGAAGUCGAGAAGUGAUAGUUUUUCGUAUAUAAUUCUAUGAAAAAGUGCACAGGGUUUUUCGUCGAAGAUGAAGGUUAAAGUGUUAAGUAGGAAUCCUGACGAGUACUUACGGGAAACUAAACGAGACAUUCACAAAAUCCCACGAAACUUCGAUCCCACCUUGCAUCCCUUCCAGGAGGCCCGGGAAUACACGAAAGCGCUGAACGCCGUUAAGCUGGAGAGAGUGUUCGCGAAACCGUUUCUAGGUAGUCUGGAAGGUCACAAGGAUGCCGUGUCCUGCAUAUGUAAACAUCCCUCUCAGUUGUCCACCCUCCUGAGCGGCGCCUACGACGGCGAGGUGAGAACGUGGAAUCUCGGCCAGGGGACGUGCACCCGCUCGUUCCUGGCUCACGACGGCAUAGUUCGUGGCAUUGUGUACUUUUCGGACAACAAGCACUUCAUUACUGUUGGCGACGAUAAGACGAUCAAGACGUGGAACGCCGUUUCCACAGACGAAGAUGAGGAGGAGGAACCUGUGAAUACUAUUGCCAGUAAAACGGUAUUAACUGGUGUGACACAUCAUUGGAGCAAAUCGGUUUUUGUUACCUGUGGAGAAGGCAUAUGCCACAUGUGGGAGGAUACUAGAAAUGAGCCCCUUCGAACAUUUAAAUGGGGUGUGGAUAGUUUAUUGGAUGUAAAGUUCAAUCCAGUGCAAAAGGAUCUUUUAGCAUCUUGCGCCAGCGAUCGCAGCAUAGUUUUAUAUGACAGUAGAGAGAUUGGACCUUUAACAAGGAUAGUAAUGAAAUUACGAAGCAACAAGCUGUCGUGGAAUCCCAUGGAAGCCUUCGUCUUCACGUGCGCCAAUGAAGAUUACAAUUUAUACACUUACGAUAUCCGCAAAUUGAAAGCGCCGGUUAACGUACACAUGGAUCAUGUGGAUGCUGUGAUAGACGUCGAUUACUCGCCGACGGGAAGAGAAUUUGUUUCGGGCAGUUACGACAAGUCGAUCCGUAUUUUCGAAGUGAAUAAAGGUCAUUCGCGGGAGGUGUACCACACGAGACGCAUGCACAGACUUACUUGCGUAGGAUGGUCGUUGGACAACAAAUACGUAAUUAGUGGCAGCGAUGAAAUGAAUCUUCGCGUAUGGAAGGCUAAAGCAUCGGAGAAGCUCGGUGUUCUGAGGGCCAGAGAGAGAAACGCGCUGCUCUUAAAUGACGCUCUCAAAGAGAAGUACGCGGCGCAUCCGGAAGUCCGACGAAUUGCACGUCACAGACAAGUGCCGAAACACAUAUACAAUGCGCGAGCCGAAUUACGAACGAUUCGCGAGAAAAGUAAACGCAAGGAGGCUAAUAGGCGUCAUCAUUCCAAGAAGGGAACCGUACCGUACGUGGCAGAAAGGCAGAAGAAUGUUGUGGCACUGGACAGUUGAAGCGGUGUGUUCUCGUAUCUCUUUAUCUGAUACAAUUUCGCGCGUCGCAUUUCGAUCUUUAUACCAACUCGUUGGUUGUUUCAACGAGUCAUCGAUUUUUAUAUUUGUUAAAUCUUUUAGGAUCGAUUAUUCCAAUUUCUUGGUAAACUUACCUAUCAGAUAAAUAUAUAUUUGUCUUCAUUUAUUUAAGAAAAGAAAUGAAGAUAGACACAUGCUUACCUGGUAGGUAAGUUUACCAAGAAGUUGCAACAGCCGACCCUUAGUCCGUAUCAGACUACGCGGUAGAGAUUGAGAAUUGCAGAUUAGAAUUCAACUGGUCAGAAUGAAAUGGAUUAAAGCUAGCUGAUUGAUCUAACUUUGAUCUUUAAUUCAUAAUUCUUAAUCUUCAAUGCAAUACUCUGAUACGAGCUUUGUAGGAUAUUAUGUAGUCGUAAGAAAUACUUUGUAUUAUAUUUAUUGCAAUAAAUAAUUUCUCUUGACAUUA